AUGGGCCUGCCGCCGUACAGCGCCGGCGGAUCCGGCCUGAGUGCGAAGGCAGCCACGGAGAAGCAGGCCCGGAGGCACAAUGGCAAGGCAUGCGACCAAUGCCGGAAAACCAAGAUCAAGUGCGAGCAGAGCAGCUCUCAAAAAAAGUGCACGGCUUGCGCUACGUUUGGCAAAGGCUUGACAGAAUGCACAUCGCUUCGCCCAUGGCAAAAGCGUGGUCCUGUAAAGGGCCGCAUCAGCGGGGUUGAGGUGCGCUUACACCAAGCCGAAGCGCUCAUAGGAAUACUCCUGAGCAGCAACGAUAGCCGGGCAAAAUCCGUGCUUGAUGAUCUUGCGCAGGAUCUACUAGCGAAGGAAAUCAUUGACAGGGUGGAUGAAUCGCCCUACGGCUCCAAGGGCCGAAGCCGUGGGGUCGAAGCACCCACGAGCGGUAAUGGGCCAGCGCCGGAUCAGCGCGACGGCAACGACAACACCGUGCGUGCGACUCACCCGUCGAAAGAAUGGCAAGAUCAAGUUAUAAACCGGCUGAACUCGCUAGCGGGAGCCCGAAGCACCCUCCUUGAAUUGAAGAGCCAAGCCGGAUCCGAUGCAUACGCCCCAAAAGCCGACGACCCCAAAUACCCGGAGGACCAGCUGGGUUCACUUCUAUCCGCUGCUCACGCCGCACCUCCGGGGCCAGCCUUUGACGAACAAGGGCCGCAGGCCCUGGUCCAAGCGCAGAUUGGCGAGCCGCAGAGACAGCAGCGGCCGCUCUGCGAGCAUAACGGCGCACAGCGCUCAACGUCUACCGCGUUGUCACAGACAGCGAUACGGCGAACCGCGACGGACGAGAGCGUCGGGAAAAUUGAGAGUGACGAGGGCGAGGAUGAGAUUGCGGUCGUGAUUGGGCAGCUGAGCAUCAACGAAGACGAGCAGGUGCGCUUCCACGGGAAGGCGAGCGGGCUACACAUGCUCGGUGUGGGGAAUCGGCAGGACGGGCGCAACGAUGGCGACAUUUGGCGCUUCCCGAAGGUGCGCGUGCGGCCGCCGCUUCCGCCUACCAUGCGCAGUAGCCAGCAGGGAGUCGGGGGCCGGUUUACGCCCAGGCUCCCCAAUGUGCCGACACAGGAGCUCUUGCUAGACUUGUACUUCACGUACGUGCAUCCGGUGCUGCCCAUCGUGCACAAGCAGACCUUCUUGGACGACUUCCGGAACGAUACUAUGUAUGAUUCUCCGUACUCAGGAGAGUCUGAGUUCUUGGACGCCACAGCAUCGCUCCCGUCUGCACCAUCACCCCUUAGCCCGCGAAAGCGACACGUCUCAAGGCUGCUCCUGCUUGUUAUGUUUUCCUUAGCGGCACGGCACUCAUCGCACACAGCCGGGCUCACCCCACCGGAAGAUGGCAUGAUGUGGACGGCGGAUGACGAGUACAUGGAGGAUGCUAUGGUUAUUCUCGACCGCCAAUAUCUAGUAAGUCGACCGAGCACCUGCCAGGCGCUGCUCUUGCUGGGGUACCGCGAGGUGGGGAUCGGCGCGAUGGCACAAGCGUGGAUGCACAUCGGGAUGGCCGUGCGCAUGGCGCAGGACCUUGGGCUGCACAAGAGUGCGGAGAAGUGGGCGACCGUCGGACACGCGCUGUUCUCAUGCGCGGAGCUGCAGGAGCGCCGCCGGAUCUGGCACGGAUGUGUAAUCAUGGACAAGCACGUCUGCACGUACAUCGGGCGGCCAGUCGCGAUCUCUGAACACGACUUCGACACGGAGCUCCCGCAGGACGACGAUUUGGAGGAGAUGGAGUACUGGAGGCCGCACAACAUCAAUACGCUGCCGGUGAUCAGCGACCUUGCGGGGUGCCCUCGCGACGAACUUCCGCCAGCCCCCGGCCGGGUCCUCUCGAGCUUCAACGAGCUCGCUAAGCUAUCCGUUAUCUUGAGCCAGAUAUGCCAAAGCAUCUACGCGAUCAAGCCCUCAGCGAGGCGGCCCGCAGAGCUUGUACGGCUCGAUAAAAUGCUGAAGAAAUGGUUUCUGGAUCUCCCGGAGCAUCUGCGCUUCGACCCGGCUGCCCCUAAGUCGCCUCCUCCUACGCCGAACAUCCUCGCGCUCCAUAUGCAGUAUUGGUGCACUGUCCUGUUGCUCCACAGACCGUUGUGCCUUUUUAUCUCCUCUCAUAUGCUGAUUGAUAUACGCGCAUGCAGGGAUUUUUCCAGCCCAAAAUAUCGCCAGCACUAUGAUUUAAGUGUGCAGGCGGCGAAUCAUAUCACCCUGAUCGCCUCCUUAUACGACGAUUACUACAGCCCCAGCUGCGCGUCCGUCUUCCUAUGCUAUCACAUCUUCACGGCAGCAACCAUGCACGUUGCGACAUUGCGGACGUACCUCAACGACCCCCAGGCAUGUCUUGGCCUGCAAAAAUGCUUGGAGGUACUGCAGCGGAUUUCUGUCAUCUGGCCCGGCGCAUGGUGCACACUCGAGCUUCUCCGCGGCGCAAAGGAACAGCUGGAGCGGCCCACAGCCGACGCACUGCCCUUCUGUGGCCUUAUCCCCUCGCCGCGGAACAAGUGUUCGGCACAAGAGCCCAUUAUUGCCGCGGAGGUGCCGGAGCACUCGCACAACGCCGAGUCCCGGGAUUGGAUGGUAUAUCGACAGCCAACAAGCUACCCGGUCGCGACCUCGCUCGGCCAGAGCCAUGACCAAGUAAGCCAGGCGCCCACCGGCCAGGGGUAUAUGCUACUGACGGGCCUGCCGCUACAGGGCGGGUCAUCUUCAUACAUGCUGCCGUCGUAUGACCGCUGGGAAAUGGACGCACUCUCGAACAACGAGAGCCUGUCGAUCAGCGUGCCCCUGCAGCAUUACGGCACAGGGCUCAUCGAAGAGCGGAUGGGAAGUUGUCUGGGCCAGAGUGCGGGAUACCAGCAGUACUGGAACGAUGACUCGACGCUAGGACAGAUAGAGAAGACGUACGGGAUGCCGGUGACGGGAGGGACGGAGUCAGUGCACGGGGACGAGCGUCCGGGCGAUGCACUGCCGAUGUACAUUCCAGCAUUGAAUGCUUGGUGA